AUGCUACCCGCCAAUCAACAUGACACUAGCGGUGCAAGUUUUAAUAUUGUCAAUGCUCCAAGCCAACCUGAUUCUUUGGCUGUAUUUCUACAUGAAAAAAUCAGAGCACUCCAAAGCGAGAAUGAGGCGCUGCGGCGACAAGAAGGUAAACCUGUCGCCAAUUUCGAGGUUUUCCACUGCAUUUUAAACCAAGAAGGGGAAGAGACCUAUCUUGAGAAGCCAUACUGGGCUGUAACUGGCGAUGAGCUCCAGCUGAAAGCGCAUUCACUGAUACUAUAUCCUGAUGCAUAUAUCCGAUAUAAGUCUCCUGCAUUUAUUGUUUAUCGCUAUUACUCGAGAGAUAAAGGGAUGGCGACAGACAACGCCGAAGCUCUGCGACAAAAUAAGAUUCCCGAUCCAACUCCCACAAAUGAGGUCAUACGACUCGUCUCAGAGGAUAUGAAGAGAGCCAUGAAGGCAUUUAUCAAGAAGAACGAGAACUCGAAAAAGAAACCUCCCAGUGUUUUAUUGAAGCAAGAUAUGCAAUCACCAUACCAUUGGUGGUAUUAUUACCGAAACCAACCAAAUAUCUUUGACAGUCUAUCACAGGGUCAAUCGGAGCUUAUUCGGACUCUAACGAACUGGAUAGAUGCCAAUUACAAUGAGAUUUACAGUCAAGUCGAUAAGCAAUUCGAGCACGGAAUGGUUUCAGAAAUCUCUAUCAGUUUCCUGAUUGAGCCUGGAGACAUUUUAAUCGAUAAGGAUGAAGACUGUAUCGAAGCGUAUCUAGCAGUAUCUUGGCUUGGCAAUGAUAAACCCAAUGCUGUGAGAGACCAUCUUUCAAAACGCUCUUCAAGCGACUCAGGCAAUAUCUCGCAACGAAAAAGGUCUCAACAACAAUGGGGAGUUGAUGUGUGGUCAUAUAAAUACGAUGGCAAGUUCUACCGAGCCAAGAAAAGACUGAAUAUAAGACUUGAUACAGAUACAACAAAUACAGAAAUUCCAAUUCUGGAUUUGAGGAUAUUUCCUCUUCGAUUCGCCCCGCAUGAGCUGCGUGAAUCUCUGGAGCAGCGAGGGAAAGUUUUUUGGAGCUGUCGAUACAGGAAAUAUAUUUCGUAUGCCAAUAAAGAAAAGAAUAGAGAUCAUGCUACCGGAGAGCGCUAUAUGAUAGACUAUCCUACCUAUCGAGCGCUACAUCCUGGAUCUGGAGAUAAACGGUUUUCGACGCAUGAAUCCAAAGCACAAUUGGCAUUCAGAGAGCAAGAAACCCCAUCUUAUCCUGAUAUAUAUCUACUACCUCGGACGAUUCUUGGCUUCAGUCUACGACGGAAAAAAUGGGAAGACCUCAACGUCGAUCUAAUUCAAGAAGUAUCGUGGAAUAAAGACGCUUUUAAUCACCUUGUCGCAGACCCUGAAACAAAGGAAUUGGUUCAGGCCCUCGUCUCAAAUAAGGUUGCGGCAGAGAGAGGAACCGACCUGAUGCAGAACAAAGGCAAUGGCCUAAUCAUGCUUCUCCAUGGAGGGCCAGGGACAGGCAAGACCUUCACGGCCGAGAGCGUGGCUGAGAUAGCCGAGAAGCCUCUCUACCCUGUCACUUGCGGCGAUAUUGGAACCAACCCAGAAGAUGUUGAGAAAUACCUAGAGUCAGUCUUUCAUCUUGGCAAAAUCUGGGGAUGCGUCGUCUUGUUGGACGAGGCAGAGGUGUUUCUAGAGCAGCGCUCUCUCAACGAGUUGGCGCGCAAUGCUCUCGUCUCCGUCUUUCUCCGCGCAUUAGAAUAUUACGACGGCAUCCUCAUCCUGACAACGAACCGCGUCGGCACCUUCGACGAGGCCUUCAAGUCGCGCAUACAGCUGGCUCUGCACUACGAGCCACUGAGUCAAUCACAACGAGCGCAAAUUUGGCGCAAUUUCUUCCGCCAUCUCAAGGCCCUUAAAGAGGACAAUAUCAACUAUGACGACGUCGAGAGCUACAUCGGUGAGCUAUCGGAGCGGGAGAUGAAUGGGCGACAGAUACGCAAUGUCAUUACCACUGCCCGGCAGUGGGCUCAGUUCCAAGGCAGGACGAUGGCAGCGAGCCAUUUGAAGUAUGCUAUUAAGGUGACUGGCAAGUUUGACACUUAUAUUAAGGAGGUAAAGGAGGGGUUCUCAGAUGAACAAAUUGCCAGAGGAGAUGGAGUGCGAUAG